GUAGUCGAAAUUAGUAUGCCCGUAAGAAAAUUCAAUUCCGAAUUCGAUUUAUUUUGUUUACAUUAAAACUUCAGGAAAUCUAUGUGCAAAAUUAAACAAUUCUAAAGUGAUUUGCAUAGUUAUGCAAAUGCGUAAACCGAAAAAGGAAAUUUAAUUAUAACAUGAGAUCAUAAGUAAGUGUGUCGUAGGCACCUACUACCAAGACCCGAACAAAAAUUCCCGAAGAAAACUUUGGUUUAGCAAUUUAGGACUCACCAAGAAGUCACCUAAAUGUCAGAUAUUAUCUGUAAACGCAUGUAACUAAGGGUGAUCUAGGAGUGGAAAGACACGCCAUCCAACUAUAAUCUACUCGUGUAUCAUGACGACAUUGAUUAAAACUGCUUAAAGAUUAUUAGAUUAACAACUUUGAUAUAAAAUAAAAGUGUAACUUGGUAACAAAACAUAUUGUAGACUUUUUCCCUUUGAAAAUGUCUCAUUUAUCACUUAUUUUACUAAUUGUCCUAUUUGCAAGUAUAGAAGGUAGCUUUAUAACAAGUUUCGAAAAGUACUUUGGAUCGAAAACGCCGUAUCGCGCAGUGGAAAACAAGGAUACGACUCCAGUAGAAUUUCCAGGAUGUCAACCCAAAAAAAUCUGGUACAUUAUCCGGCAUGGGGCCAGGGCGCCCACCAAGAAACAUUUACAUAACAUGGAACAAAAUCUUCCUCGAAUCGCACAAAUCAUUAUCAACGCAAAGAGUGAAUCUUUUUUGGCCGAAAUUGAGGAAUUGAAAAAGUGGAAGCUACCAUUUGACACUGAAGGUAUAUUAACGGCUGAAGGAGGGAGAGAGUUGUCAUCAUUGGCCUCGCGAACUAAGGCCAGAUUUCCAACGCUAUUUCCCGAAGGGUAUUCCAAAACACACUACUACUUUAGGCACACCGAUGCCGAGAGAACGCAGUCAAGUGCACGUAACUUCACAUUUGGAUUAUUCGGAAAUGAACACUACAAAGUCGAGUAUCCCCCUCCGCCACCAGUAGACCUCGUACUGAAGUUUUAUAAAACCUGUACCCGCUACAAAGAUGAGGUUGACAGAUAUGAUUACGAGGAGGCGAUUGCAUUUAGUAAAAGCGAUAGGGUGGAAAAUGUCAUCGCAACAGUGAAUGAACGUCUGAACCUAAAUGGCACUUUAACAUUCGAUGAUGUCGACUAUAUGUAUCAAGCGUGUAUUCAUGAAGCGGCAUCCUUUAGGCAAUCUGUGUGGUGCUCUUUCCUACCACUUGAAGCAAUUAAGGUUUACGGCUUCAUAGAUUCCUUGGAUAACUAUCAUAAAAGUGGAUAUAGGUGCGAAGUAACGUAUAAGCAAGCGUGCCCUAUGUUUAAAUCAAUGAUUGACCACUUCGAAAGGAAAGAUGGUCCCCCCACUACUGUGUAUUUCGCACACGACGGAGGAAUUUUAAAGUUCUAUGCACACCUAGGCCUUUUUAAAGAUGAUCAUCAUUUAAAUCGGACCGAUUACGAGAGUAGUUAUCAAUGGGAUAUUAGCAAAAUUGGUCCUUUCGCGACUAAUAUCGCCUUCGUCUUAUACAAUUGUUCUUCCACCGAGAAAGUUGCAGUUUUAUUGCAAGAACGCAUGAUAAAACUACCAAACUGUGGUGAGUUGUGCGAUUUUGAAAGGAUCAAGCUCCAGUACAACGACAGCAUUAACAAUUGCGCCCACGAUCAAAUCUGUAAAAAGAAAACGCAUGCGCUAUAAUAAUGUGACUACUUAGGUAAUAAAUGCUAAAUGUUUUGUAUGUCAUAUUACAGAUUCACUGAAGAAUUAAUUUUAUAUUUCUGUUACUAAUAAUGGUAAAUACCUAGGAUUUAUGAACUUCAUCCAUUUUCAUUAUAACGGUAUUUGUUGAAUUGUAAACAAUAAUUAAAUUUCCAAUUGAUUCGUCAUAUGUUAACUAUACGUUUUAAGGAUGUUGAAGUACCUACAUUUUCAUUGUUAAAUAAAAUAACACACAAGGAAAUGUUUUAAUAAGUAUACCAUGGAAAAACUUGAGUGCCGCUCUGAUUUUAGAAUUCCAACGCGAUUACACAAAAUUACGCAAUCCGCCGGUACGCA